AUUCCCUCAGUGCUUCCUCUUUUAAGCCGUCGUGAAAGAUGGGUAUUGAUAUCUGCCAUAAGAAGGACAGGAAGGUCCAUCGGACUGAGCCCAAGAGCGAAGAUCCCUAUCUUCGUCUACUUGUGAAGCUCUACCGAUUCUUGGCAAGAAGAACUGAUGCCAAGUUCAACAAGAUCAUUCUGAAGAGGCUCUUUAUGAGUCGCACCAACAGGCCACCCCUGUCUUUGGCUAGAUUGAUCCGCCACUUGAAAAGGGAUACAAAUGCCAACAAGAUUGCAGUGAUUGUCGGUACCGUCACUGAUGAUGUUAGGAUUUUGGAAGUCCCCAAAAUGACUCUGUGUGCUCUUCAUGUGACUGAAGGUGCCCGUGCGCGUAUCCUGAAGGCUGGUGGAACCAUCAUGACCUUCGAUCAGCUCGCCCUUAAAGCCCCCAAGGGAAAGAACACACUCCUCAUUCAGGGAUGCAGAAAGGCCCGUGAAGCCUACAGACACUUUGGCAAAGCACCCGGUGUGCCACACAGCAACUCCAAACCAUACGUUCGUAGCAAGGGACGCAAAUUUGAACGUGCCCGUGGUCGCAGGGCCAGCAGAGGAUACAAGAACUAAACAUUUCUUCUGUAUAUUGAUUAUUGUAUAAAGAAGUAAAAAAAAAAGAAGUGAAAAACA